UGCCAAUGCUGCAGUCGGCGCGGCUCAGUGGUCACGCAUGCUGCGUAGGUAGCGUGCUCCAGGUUGGCACGAUUGUGUAUUUGAAUGUCCAUAUAACUUAAUAACAGCAUCUAUGAUGGUAAAGAUACCAUCCUUUUAGUCUGUAGUUUCUGUGAUACUACGUGAUUCGCCCUUCAUUUACAGGGUGAGCGGUAUAGCCUACUAGGCUACUACAGCAACGUUUUUUUUUGUGAUUUACUAGUGAUUUAUUAGCACAAUGUGCUUGUUGCGUAGUAGGCUACUAUAAUCCUAACUGUCGGAUAAACGUGGUAGCUUAUUACUAAACAAUGGCGCCGGUCACCUCCACUACUAGACCAUACCACGUUAUAAUUUUCGGAGCCUCUGGUUUCACCGGGCAGUUUGUUGUGGAAGAGCUAGCCCGUUGUACCGCCGAGGGUCCGAGCGGACAUCUGACAUGGGCCUUGGCCGGGAGGAGCAGACCGCGGUUGGAGAAAGUUCUGAAUCAAGCCGCCGAGACGCUCAGUCAGCCGGAUCUGAGGACAGAUGUGGAGAUCAUUGUGGCCGAUGUCACCGAGGCAGAGUCCCUGGCCAUCAUGUGCAAACAGGCAGUGGUGGUUCUCAACUGUGUGGGGCCAUACAGGUUCUAUGGGGAGCCAGUGGUGAAGGCCUGCAUAGAGAAUGGAUCCCACUGUAUAGACAUUUGUGGAGAACCUCAGUUCCUGGAGCGGAUGCAGUUGGACUACCACAGCAAGGCCGUGGAGGCGGGCUUGUACGUGGUUGGCAGCUGUGGAGUGGACUCCAUCCCAGCAGACAUGGGGAUACUGUACACUCGGGACCAGUUCAAAGGAACUCUGACGGCCGUGGAAAGCUUUCUGACUAUCCACACCGGCCCUGAGGGCGGUUGUAUCCACGAUGGGACCUGGCAGUCGGCCGUCUACGGCUUUGCAGACAGAGCUUAUCUGAAGACGCUGAGGAGGAGGUUUGGCCACCAGCCUCUUCCUGUGGUAGGGGCCAGAGUCAAGAACAGGGGUAGCCUGUUCUUCAGUAAGGAGGUAGAGCAGUACGCAGUCCCGUUCCUGGGCUCUGACGCCUCGGUGGUCAGGAGAAGCCAGCGGUUCCUCUACGAGGAGCACCAGCAGUCUCCUGUACAGUACAGUGCCUAUGUAGGGAUUGGAGGCAUUGGCAGUGUGGUGAAGAUGUUCUGUGGCGGCCUGUUGUUCUGGCUCAUGGUCAAAUUCGGCCUGGGAAGAAAACUACUCAUUACGUUCCCAGGAUUCUUCUCCUUCGGGUUGUUCUCGAGUGCCGGUCCGACAAAGAAACAGAUGGAAGGAACCUCUUUUUCUCUGACGUUUUAUGGGGAAGGAUAUGGGGACGGACUGGAACCUUCUCUUGGACAACCCAACGCUAAGAUCAUCACUCAGGUCAAAGGAGCAGAGCCUGGCUACGUUGCCACCCCGGUUGCUAUGGUUCAGGCAGCCAUCACUUUACUGAACGAACCUCAGUCUCUUCCUAUGGGAGGAGGAGUGUACAGUCCGGGAGCUGCGUUUGCCAAGACGACUCUCAUCGACCGUCUCAACAGACAUGGCCUCAAGUUCUCAGUCAAGACUGGCUGAUUGUCUCCACUCCAGAAACCCUGCUUACCCCUCCCUCCCCGAGCCAGGGCUGUCCAACCCUGCUCCUGAAGAUCCACCCUUCUACACUCUAACCGUGCUCCUGAAGAUCCACCCUUCUACACUCUAACCCUGCUCCUGAAGAUCCACCCUCCUACACUCCAACCGUGCUCCUGAAGAUCCACCCUUCUACACUCUAACCCUGCUCCUGAAGAUCCACCCUUCUACACUCUAACCCUGC